AUGAGACUACUUGUUAACAUCGCCAUUUUCGCAACCCUACUUGGUGUUGGCAAUGCUGUAUCAAUUCCAACCACUCGCUCCAGCAAACGCCCCCAGAUAUCCACCCUUGAAGAUAUUCCCAAGCUUCCAGAGGGUUUUACCUGGGACAUCAAAAACCGACCCAAGGGCGAUGAUACAAGGACCAAAACAUCUUCAAAGACAUUGAAUUCUCGAUCUGACGGUCUUCAAAAGCGAGCUGUGACCAUAGAUUGCUCGGGACACUCUGGACACCCUCCUAUUUGGGAUGACUGCAAGCGACUGGCAGACCAGCUUGCAAACUACAAAUCUGAUAUUUUGGUGGACCCUGGCUAUUGCCACCAAGCAAGCUUUGGAACCUGCCUCGCCUAUGUUUGCGCCAAGUGCGAGCAGAUUACCAUAGAUUCAGACGAUUGGGCUCGGGUUCAUCAUGCCCUUAUUGAACAGUGCGUUGGUAACGGCGAGAGUGGGUAUGCCUUCGAUCCAUCCGCGGACAAUUUUGAAGUUGGGAUUGAGCACUCCGGAGAUGAGUUGCCUCCCUACCAGUGUUGA